AUGGAUGAGCUUGAGAAGAGAAUCAUUGAGAAGUAUGGAACAGAAAAAAUUUCACCAGAAGAAAUAGAUAGGAUUCUCAACGAUGCUGCAAGAGAAGGCCUUAUUGAAAGAAAAGACAUUAGACCUCAGCCGCCCAUGGAUGCUUCAAGCCUGAUCGAUCAUAUCUCGUAUCUUCGACGUCUAUUUUUAAUAAAUGACGGAUUUCAUUUGAAUUCGGAUGAGGAUCCGUACGAAAGCCUGUGCUGCAGCGGUGAAAAGACCGACAAUUCACAGAUCUUAAACAAUGUAUUGAAAGCCUAUUUUGAAUAUGAAAAGAUGUGUGCCACAAAGAAAAAACCCACACGCAAAGCGCCUGCAAUAUUAGCAGUAAUGAGUAUAUUUUUAUUUUUGUUUUUCUCAUACACACCAAAACCAUAUUAA